CGAACUCUGGGCGGGCAGCGCGCCCUCGCCCGGGCCGGCGGCUGCGGGGAGCUCGGGCCCGCGGUCCCUCCGUCUCAAGUCUGGGCGCUCCCAGCCCCAUUCAGCCGCUGCCUAUGGGGAUCCGAGAGUUUCCCGGCGGCGCGCCCAGGGGCAAGAGCAUCGCCAUUGGCAUGAGGAGGUCACCGGACGUCAGCCCCCGGAGACUGUCAGACAUCAGCCCCCAGCUUCGGCAGCUUAAGUACUUGGUGGUGGACGAGGCGAUCAAAGAGGACCUGAAAUGGUCGCGCUCGGUGGAAGACCUCACCAGCGGGCCCGUGGGGCUCACGUCCAUCGAAGAGCGGAUUCUGCGCAUCACUGGCUACUAUGGCUACCAACCCUGGGCAGCGAGCUACAAAAGGGAGGAGCGCCCCCGGGAGCCUCCGGGCCCGGUGGAGGCCCCGGCACCAGCGGGGUCAGAGGCCAGCGGGAGGACAAGCCGCGGGCGCUGGACCUGCUCACGGGUGCAGCUGGAGAAGACCCUGUGGGGCGUGGCGGUGGUGGUGUGCGUGUGUGCCUCGUGGGCGGGCGCCGCGCAGCUUGCCAGACUCACCUUCCGUACCUUCGAUGCGCCUUUCACCCUUACCUGGUUCGCCACCAACUGGAACUUUCUGUUCUUCCCGUUGUACUACGUGGGCCACGUAUGCAAGUCCACGGAGAAGCAGUCUGUGAAGCAGAGGUACAGGGAAUGCUGUCGAUUUUUUGGAGACAAUGGCUUGACUUUGAAGGUGUUUUUUACCAAGGCAGCACCUUUCGGUGUUCUUUGGACACUCACAAACUACCUGUACUUACAUGCAAUAAAGAAAAUAAACACUACGGAUGUCUCCGUGUUGUUCUGCUGCAACAAAGCUUUUGUGUUCUUGCUCUCAUGGAUCGUUCUCAGGGACAGGUUCAUGGGAGUGAGGAUCGUGGCCGCCAUCCUCGCCAUCGCUGGCAUUGUGAUGAUGACCUACGCCGAUGGCUUCCACAGCCACUCCGUCAUUGGCAUUGCUCUGGUGGUGGGCUCUGCGUCCAUGUCGGCUCUCUACAAGGUUCUCUUCAAACUCCUGCUAGGCAGCGCCAAGUUUGGAGAAGCUGCCUUAUUCCUUUCCAUGCUGGGGGUGUUCAACAUCCUCUUCAUCACCUGCAUCCCUGUCAUCCUCUACUUCACCAAAGUGGAAUACUGGAGCUCCUUCGAUGACAUUCCAUGGGGAAACCUUUGUGGAUUUUCCAUUCUCUUAUUGACAUUCAAUAUUGUAUUAAAUUUUGGAAUUGCUGUUACAUAUCCCACACUGAUGUCUCUCGGAAUCGUCCUCAGUGUCCCUGUGAAUGCAGUGGUGGAUCACUACACCAGCCAGAUAGUCUUCAACGGGGUUCGGGUCAUCGCCAUCAUCAUCAUUGGCCUGGGCUUCCUUCUCCUGCUCCUGCCAGAGGAGUGGGACGUCUGGUUGAUCAAGCUGCUCACCCGACUCAAAGUGAGGAAGAAGGAGGAGACAGCAGAGGGUGGUGCAGACCUGGGCUCAGGACCCCAGAACAGGAGCAGGAGAGCCCGCCCUUCCUUUGCACGCUAGGGCCGCUCCUCCGAGACUGGGGACGCCCCAGCGGUAAUGAUUUGUUCUCUUCUGUUGGGAGGAGACUCGGUGGGGCAAGGUGUACAUACCUGUACAGUUUUGGUAAUCUGCAGUAAGUUCUAUGGUAUUUAUUGGCAUGUCCAACUUGCUUGCACUUUUCCACAUCAGACCUUCCACUUAAGGAAACCAAUUCAAUACGGUAGAGAAAAAGAACCUCUCAGCGCUUUUUCAAUGAAUGUAAAGUAGGUUAAAAUGAGCCUUGCAUCGACCGCUUUGGAAGACAGGCGUGUUUUGAAUCUUAGCAACUGAAAAUGACAUUGUACACUGUGAUUAUUUUUCAGCUAUAGUAGGUCAUAUUUUGUUUUAUAUCAGAGCUGUACUUUUAAUUUUAAGGAAUUUCAAUGAACCAAAAGAUAACUGUCAGUUAAUCUGGAUAGAUGGGUGGAUGGCUGGAUGGAUGGGUGGAUAGGUAGGUGGACGGAUGGGUGAGGAGAUGAAACAGGCAAGGAUAAUGGACAUGACAACCAUCGCAGAUCAGGCCUGUGUGGGUCACAGGGAGGUAAGGAAGUCCAACCCCAGCUGGCUUGCACUCUUGUGUCUUCGUGAGAUCACGCAGGAGAAUUUAUAGUGCCUUCUACAGAAUUUUUGUCUUUACCUAUGUGAAGCGAGGUGACAUUCUAAGUCACUGGCGCCGUCUUAUAAUUUAGAUGUAGAAAUCUUUAGAAACAAAUAAAACUAUAUGUGUGUGUGUACAAAAAUAGCAAAGCUGGUGACCAGUGUAUCAGGCACAUGGUUGAAGGGAUACAAUAUGCACAGAAGGUAGAUAUGCUGGAAUGGAGUUGCUGGUGGCUUUUACUUCAAGACCAACACUGAAAAAUUAUUUACUGAAUCUGUAAACCUUUUUAUGAAACUUUUAAGCACCAGGCUGUUUCCUUACAUAAUUUAGGUCAGCCAGAAAAUUCUAUCUGUGAUAGAUCUGUAAAGAGGGACCUGGGGUUAGAGUUUACUAUUUUUGAAGUUUACAUUGUUACAUAUGAAAUGGAAACAUUAUUUUGAAAUGUUGUCAUAACCCAAUGGUGCAUUCUGUAACCAUGGAGUCUUUAGUUUCCUGGGGAAAGGGGCAUUCAUGACCUGAACUUUUUAGCAAAUUAUUAUUCUCAGUUUCCAUUACCUGUUUGGCCAAACAGAUUAAUAAAAUAUUUGAAAAAGAA